CCUUGCUAAUAAUUCUUUACUUAUCUAAUCCAAAAAUACGAUUAAAGGUAAAAAUUCAAAUGUGUUUACAUACUCUUUUGUUAGACAUCCGCCUGUACCUCCAUACCUGUUCGUGAUAUUUCCUUGUUUCAAAUACCUACCGACGCAUCAUGGAUGAAUUUAAAAUGAUCGCGAAUUUGUGUUUGUUUUUAUUACUAUUUAUAAUCGAAAUAAAUGGUGAUUUGCUGGACUUGCGAAAUGGUGUAAUUAAUGGUACUGUUGGAAAAACUAAAAAUGGGCGUUUAUUUCAGCAGUUUUAUGGAAUUCCAUAUGCAGAACCACCUGUAGGCAGCUUACGUUUUAAGGAUCCGGUACCAGCUAAAUCGUGGACCAAUGUGAAAGAUGCUUCUAAACCUCCACCAAAGUGCAUUCAACACAAGGGAUUCUUCAACUUCAGCAGUCCCAUCAUUGGACAAGAAGAUUGCCUUUAUCUGAACGUUUUCGUACCAAAUAAUUUAUUCAAUACUUCACGUAGAAGCCCAGUAAUUGUUGGAAUUCAUGGAGGAGGAUUCAUACAUGGUGAAGGAAUCAAAUACAGACCUGAUUAUUUCAUGGACCACGAUGUCGUUUUUGUAAACUUCAACUAUCGUUUGAGUGCUUUUGGCUUCCUUGGCUUAAACAACGACCAAAUAAGCGGUAAUUUCGGUCUGAAAGAUCAAACAUUGGCGUUACAAUGGGUUAAAGAGAAUAUCGCAAAGUUCGGUGGUGAUCCUAAUUCUGUAACGUUGCUUGGCGAAAGCGCUGGAGCAAUGUCCAUACACUUGCACAUGUUCUCUCCUCUCAGCAAAGGGCUGUUUCAGAGAGCGAUCAUUCAAAGCGGUUGUGCAUUUACUCAUUUGGCUCAACAUGAAGAAGGGUAUGGCGAAGCAAUCACGACGGCAUUUUUACUCAUUGCUGGAUGUUUCCGUAAAGAUUCUGCCAAAGCAUUAUCAUGUCUGCAACGUAUACCAGCUGAAGAUAUUAUCAAGAUGGGAGACUCCCUAGUUCCACAAAUAAACAAUAGUCCCAUAAACAUGCCUAUCGUCGAAUCAAAUGUGAAUAAUCGACCAUUUUUGCCGCAGAAACCUUCCAAAACUACGUAUCAAACCCUUGUGCCAUGGAUCAUCGGCAUAAACUCUUGUGAUGGAUGUAUGUUUGCAUUCUAUUCAUUAGGCAAACGACCAUUGUCGGAAGUCGAAAACACUAGAGAACAAUUAUUAUCAUCUUUAGAUGAACGUUUGCCUCAGCAUAUACAUGAUAAUGUUGAUAAUGCAACUCAGAAAGUUAUAGAUUUUUAUUUCAAUGCCAAUGAUUCAAGAUCAGAUUUGACGUUGAACUUUGUCAAUAUGGUAACAGAUUAUAAUUUCCUCCAUCCCUUAGUACAAUCUGUACAAUCAAGUCAUGAUCGUCAAUACGUGUACUUAUAUGAUUUUAAAGGGUCAUUUUCAUGGCGACCUGCGACAAAUUUGACAAAAAAUCUAGGCUCUGAUCAUGCCGAAGAACAUCCUUUAUUAUUUCGCAAUGAAAAAUUGGAAGCUAAAUGGACUCCAGAGGAUAAAAAAAUAUCGGAAUCUUUAGUGCAAUUUUGGACUAAUUUCGUCAUCUUCACUGAUCCCAAUGGACCUUCUGGAGGAAAAAUAUGGACACCAGUAGAAACAGAAGAUAUUGAAUUUUUGCGUAUAAGAAGUGACUCGUUCAUAAUGGAAAAAAAGACGCUUAAAGAGAGAUCUGAUUUUUGGGAAUCUUUAAAAAAUACGAGUUUGUGCGUCGUAAUCUGCUCGUUAGCGUUGAUCAUCCAUGUAAAUUGUGAUUCGUUAGUAAGAUUGCAAAGUGGUUUUAUUAAUGGAACUACCGGAACAUCAAAAAAUGGACGUUUAUUCAGGAAAUUUUUCAGUAUUCCUUAUGCGGAACCACCCGUGGGAAAGCUGCGAUUUAAGGAGCCAGUAGCUGUAAAAAAUUGGACCGGCAUUAAGGAUGCUUCAAACCCGCCACCUAAGUGCAUUCAACCAGAAAGAUUUCUCGAUCUGAGCAGUCGUGCCAUUGGGCAAGAGGACUGCCUUUAUUUGAAUGUUUUUGUGCCAAAUGAUUUAUUCAAACCUUCUGGAAAAGCACCGGUAAUAGUGGGCAUUCACGGUGGAGGAUUUCAAAUUGGCACUGGAACUGGUUACCAUCCAGAUUAUUUCAUGGAUUACGAUGUGGUUUUUGUAAAUCUCAACUAUCGAUUGGGAUCUCUUGGAUUUCUCGGUAUGAAUAACGAUCAAAUCAGCGGCAAUUUCGGCAUGAAAGAUCAAUCUCUGGCGUUGAACUGGGUUAACAAAAAUAUAGCGCUAUUUGGCGGCGAUCCUCAUAAUGUGACGUUACUAGGCGAAAGUGCUGGCUCAGCUUGUGUUCAUUUACACAUGUUCUCUCCGCUCAGCAAAGGCCUGUUUCAAAAAGCUAUUAUGCAAAGCGGUAGUGCACUAGCUCCUUGGUCUCAUCACGAAGAAGGAAACGCUGAAAUAAUUUCAUCGGCUCUAGCAAAAAUUUCCGGUUGUUCUCACAAAGAUAAUAACGAAGUCCUAAAAUGCCUCCAAAGUCUACCAGCCGAACAUAUUUUCAACAUGGAGAAAUCAUUAUACAUUUGGGAUACCGAACCUGAUUGUUUAUUUAGGCCUAUGAUCGAAUCAAAAGUGAAAUAUCAACCAUUCUUGACCCAACAACCAAGCAAGACGAGUUAUCAAACCAAGGUACCUUGGAUAACUGGCAUUAAUUCUGGAGAAGGGAUAAUUAAAGUGAUAAAACUUUUGCUAAAUGGUGGCUCAUUGAUAAAAAUUGUCAACACGGAUAAAAUGAUUCUUUUACCAAUGAUGAAUCAGUACGCGUAUACGGUCGGACAAGAGCGUAGAGAUGAUCUGACUAAAAAAAUUAUGAAAUAUUAUUUUGGUACCAAGGAUAUAGGAGUGGAUACAGCGUUGAAGCUUGUUGAUAUGGUGACCGAUUCUCUAUUUCUGCAUCCUUUUAUAAAAACAAUAGAGUCUAGUAAUGAUCGACAAUACGCAUAUUUGUACGAUUACGUAAGUUCAUCUGCGAAGUCGCAGCAGCGAAUGUUGAAUUCGUCUGUCAAAAUUGGUUCCAUCGUCGGUCAUGCUGACGAGCUUCCUUUGUUAUUUCGUGAUGAAAAAUUGGAAGCUACUUGGACGCUUGAAGAUAAAAAUGUAUCGGAAAAUUUAGUAAGAUUCUGGGCAAAUUUCGCCAUCUCAAACGAUCCUAAUGGCAAUUCGAGGGGAAAAGUAUGGAAACCCGUGGAAACGAGUGAUAUGGAAUAUUUGCAUAUCAAAAGCAAUUCACUCGUAAUGAAGAAAAACUUAUUCAAAGAGAGAUUCGAUUUUUGGGAUUCCUUACUGACAGACAAAUAAAACGGAUGAACACCUAAAUACCUGGAGAAAAUAAAAUUGAUCAAUUUACAAUA